AUGAUGGAAUCUGCAACAAACAAGAAGUCUCUCAAAAUCUUCAUCUUUGGCGGUGGCUCCCUCGGCGGGCUCUACUCCCACCUCCUCUCCACCUCCGAAUUCGCCGACGUUCAAAUCACAAUAGCCUGCCGAGGAAACUAUGACAUUGUCUCCCAGUCCGGCUUCAAGAUCACCACCAACAACUGGGGCAACCAUAUAUGCCGCCCCCACCGCGUCAUCCGCGACCCCCACGAGAUCCAGGGCGAGAGCUACGACUACGUGAUCGUGACCACCAAAGUCCUCCCACAGGCCUCCCUCCCACUCGCCCGCUUCCCCCUACAAUCCGAUGUCCCCAUUGUGCUCAUCCAGAACGGCGUCGGCAUCGAGAAACCCUACCGCGAGGCUUUUCCAGCCAACCCAAUCGCCUCAGGCGUCGCCUACAUCACCGCCAGCCAGCCCUCCCCAGGCCACAUCCUCCAGUAUGGCGCCAUCGCAACAAUGACCAUCGGUCUCUACGACCGCGCGGACAACCCAACCGACAGGUCAAAGAUCCAGUACCUCGCCGCGUUGUUUGACGCAUCAGGCUUCCCGUGUGCUGCCACCGACGAGAUCCACGUUGAACGCUGGGGCAAGCUGGGUUGGAACGGGUCAUGGAACGUGGUGUGCGCGGCUACCAAUCUGGACACGCAGUCUUUCCUCGCGAGUUCGCCGCAGGCGGUGGAGCUGGUGGAGAAGAUCAUCCGUGAGGUGGCUAAGACGGCGAAUGCGGUAGGCGUGAAGAUUGAUGCGGAUACGUUGGUUGAGGAGCGCAUGGGGUGGACAUUGAAGGCGCCACCUAUCGUGCCGAGUAUGCUUCAGGAUGCGAGGAAGGGGUUUCAGAUGGAGCUUGAGGCGUAUUGUGGGAACGUGUGGAGAAUUGCGGAGAGUGUGGGGGUGGAGGUGCCGUGUAUAAAGUAG